UCGAUUCUAGAAGUAAACAACAUGUCGUUGGUGGUGUCAGACGAUGAAAGUUCUGAAGAUUCUUUUUCAGAUUUAUCCCAAUUUUCGGUACCCAGGGAAGAAACCACUCGUGAUGAAACCAAAAGUGAUAACUUUAAAUUGUACCAUUGUUACAAAACCACCAACAUAGCAAAUAAUGUAAUAAAUAGACAAAUGUAUGGGAGGUUUACAAAGAAUCCUAAAGCAAAGACUGAAAGAAUAUUUAACAAUAUACACCAUAAAUGUAGGUUUGGCCUAAGCUCCCUUCUCAAAGACUACGAAACGAUGAACCACAUUUUUAUGGGGUUUACUUUGUGCGGACAGUAUUUUAUAAGUUUUACAGAACGAACGUUCGAACUCCUAUUCCCUUAUAAUUUUAACGCCUCUUAUGAGUAUGAGUUGCAUUUGUGGAGAUUCGUACCUGGUGAAAAGUUGAAGUAUAUUUCCAAACAUCGAAUUUUUAAGCAUCUGAGAGGUUUACAAUUGCUGGACAAAGUAAUGUUUAUGCAGUUUCCUAUGGAUCCACACAAAAUACUGUGCUAUGGCUUGGCUGCUACAAAUCCAGCUAUGGUAUAUAUUACCAUCAUCACAUUACCAUUCCCAAAGAGCUGCAAACAUUGCCACAGGAAUUUGCCUCAAGAUGAGUCUGUAAGUCAGGGAUGGUGCGUAAAGCACGGCUUCGUCCUCCAUUACAUGUUCUCCAUGGGCCAACCUUGCCCCAGCUUCGACCCCCACAUUUCCCUAGCGUAUCCCGACCACCUAGUAAUAAACACCGGUCACUACAUUCACGUUUUAAAUGUAACAACUCUAGAUCCGCCUCAAACCACUGUAAAUUCGUCUAGUUUUGUAAAGUACGACGACGCAAAGUUGCCGCAGUCGGUGUCAAGUAAUUUUAACGAUACAUUUAGCGAAGUGUCCGAAUCGCCGAGUGAAUAUUUCGGAACAAAUAGCGUCGUAGAUGCCAUAUUAGAAGACUUUAACGAGUACGACUUAGAAGGUAACGAAUGUAAUAAACCCUUCCACGAGUUAAACAUUAGCUGCGAACCGCUUAACGUCACCGGUAAAAGCUACCACAACACUCUAGUUCAAAACAUAGUCGAUCCCCGGUUCAAGCGCCUCCAGAAUACGAGCAAAGAUUAUUUAUUUUCAGUUCCUCAAAGCUCGGGCGUGCAGAAACCCGCCGAAAAAAACAAAAUCGACAAGAAAAUCGCCGAGAAAGCGUACGAGUUCAUCGAAGAAAACGAGAAAUGCGAGAAGCUAAGCUCGUUCCGGAAAAAGCGGCUCGCGGAGAAAAAGUACGAGUUUUCCGAAGACAAUAGCGAGAAUAUCGUUCCGUUCAAUUCGUUGCGGCGGGAGCGGAGGUAUCUUUAUCGUUCGCAGAAUCGGUGUAUUCGUUCGCCCGAUUUCAAUAGUCUGUUUUUAAGCCCGCGCUCCCCCAUGCAGUCUCCGAACUCCCGAAACGGGCAGUUCUCGCCGGGGGGAGCCCGGAAUUUGUAUUGUCCUUCCAUUCGUAACUCCCCACAUCAUUCCAAGUCUCCUAUCAGUCCCAAAGAGUCGGCGAGGAAGCUGUAUGUGUACUCCCCGAGUCUGGACAGCGACUGCUCGGACUCGGACUCCAGACUCAUUCUGAGGAUGCCCGGGAACUUAUCUACCUCACAGUCGGUCGACAGCCGGUCUAGUCAACAGAGCGGGCUGUUGAUCGUCGACCCGAAGACGGAAACGCCUAGGUGGAUCAAGAAGGUCGUGAGAAGGUACUCCAACGGAGACUUCGAAAACAGCUCGCUGUUGUCAGGACAGAGCAGAGACGAUUACAAUAUCCCCAUUGAAAUCCCCCUACUAGUACACACGUUAACUGAUCAACAUUUGGACGUAGUUCCUGACUUUAAAGUAGACCAAGUGACUGAAAUGCAGUUAAUCGUGACCCAGAGAACUUUUGACUGUGAACAAUUUGUCCAAAGAAGAGCUCAAAAGCUCUGCAAUGAAUCCCAACUAGAAUAUCUUCACUGUCAGGAUUAUGAUAUCAAACUGAAUUAUAUUUGUCCAUUGGAUGGGCACAUUGUGUGUCAAGCUGUGAUUAAAAUGGGUACUCUCAAAUCAAUAGAUCCUUGCGGAAAACCUGAAAACUACACCACGCACUGCUUAGUCGUUUGGAACAUAGCGACAGACAGCUUUGAAGUGAUCGAACCGCCUGAUGAUAUUAAACUGCAACCUACUGAAAAAUACCAAGUUUUGCCUCAUAUUGAUAUUCCAAGAGCUCACUGUAACGGAGUUCUUGUUAUGGAUUACUGUUAUUCAAAAACGAAAACAAGUCUCAGGGAUUUUAAUAACUAUUAUGAAGUUUGUUUGAAUUCAGAUUGUAUAUCUGUUAGGUCGUCGGAUGACAGUUUCAGUGAUAGCGAUAUAUGAAACAUUUUAACGUUAUUUUGAAAUGUCUCGAUACAUUUGACUCAGACUCGAUCAGCCGUGUGAAUGUAUUGUAAGUUUUAAGCAGUAAUAAGUUAAACUGUGAUUUUGAUGUUGUGAAGUUAAAAUAAAACUAUUUAUAAAUA